AUGCUCUCGGGUCCGCAGUCGAGCUCUCUCCUGGCGUCUCGUUUGCCCCAUUACUCUCGCCUCCAUUACUCUCGCCUCCAUUACUCUCGCCCCCAUUACUCUCGCCUCCAAGACUGUCACUUACCCUUGCCUCCAUUCCACGGCACAACCCUCCCCUCCAUUUCCCAUUUCUCUCAGGGCUCGCACGCGUUCCAGUGGUCGCUCGCCAACCUCGCUGCUGACUCCGACGCGCUGCUCCUCCUGCACGUGCGACCGCCUGUCGCGGAGAUGUUUGACCGCGAGAGCAUCUACCUGGCGAGCGAGGAGGUGUACGCGCUGCAGCGACAGCUCCAGGCGGAAUCUCAGCAGCUGCUGGACGACCUUGCGCAGGCUGCCAGCAGGGAAGGGCCCGAGAACCUGCAGGUGGAGUGUUCAUCGGAGGAGGGCGAUCCCAGGGAGGUGAUUCUGAGCGAGGCCAAGCGAGUGGCAGCCGACCUCAUUGUCGUGGGCAGCCGAGGCCUGGGUGCAGUUGGCAGGUGCGUGCUGCGUGACUGGUGUAGCCCGCUCUCACUGCCCUGCCUCUUCAUGGGCGCAGCGCAGCACGCCUGGUUCUUCUGA